CAUUCACAAGCUGCAAGUAGCUCGAUACCCAGUGACUGUGCCGCCUCCUCUUGCUGUUUACGCUCCUGUUCUCCUCUUGCUGUCGUCCCUUGACAAUGGCUCACAACAGCCUGACUGUGGCUCUGCUGGCGCUGGCCUGUUGCCUCUGCUGGUCUCUAGUGGAGGCUUCGCCCGACGAGGAGCGCUAUGUGGAAAAGGAGUACAAUCGAGAUCUCUAUGACUGGAUUAACAAUGUCGCACGCUAUGGACGUGUCCAAAUGCCAGCCACACUGUGCAAGUAUCCAAACUAUCUGGCCAAUUCGCUGAACAACAAUAUGCGCAUGCCCAAAAGGAAUUCCGAGCUGAUCAAUUCGCUGCUCAGCUUGCCCAAAAAUAUGAACGAAGCGGGCAAGUAGAUGAUGGAAAGUGAACCAUUUACAACUCGUUCGAUAAUAAUGAUAUAGAUACGAUUUAUGAUAUAUG